CGUGAAUAGCCGGAGCGUAGCGUGUUCGUCUGGCUGGUUCGCUCAUGUUUCAGUGGGCCACACGGGGAAGGUAAAUAAAGACAGGACGGUCACCAGCGCAACAUUUACCCGCCAGGAACCGACAACCAGGGGGCCGUUAACCUCAGCCGUCUUUUUUAGGGCCUGCUUCGUUCUGUCGUGUUUUGCUUUUGUCAAAACUGCAUUACUCACGGGAUAAAAGGAGAAAGAGAGGAGAAGAGAGGUGACAACAUCGCCUGGGCAGAUAUCUCAAGGUGUUAGUUUGAUCCAGCCUCACAGUGUGUUGCCAUGGCGAUGCGGGAGUUAGUGGAUGCGGAAUGUGGGGGAGCCAAUCCCCUUAUGAAACUGACUGGUCACAUGACCCAAGAAGGAGGGGCUUGGAGACAUCGAUCAACACCCACUAUUCCCCCUACUCCAAUCGAAAUAGCCACGGAAGAGGAGCUGGUCAGUGAGUUUCUACAGGCCCCACAACGGCCUCCUCACAGUUUUGAUAUGGGUCAACUGCUGGAGGAAAUGCAGCAGAUAGAUCAACAAAACUACAGACAGGCUCCACAGAGAGCUCCUGAUGUGGCUUCUCUGGCGCUGUCUGGCGAUUGGGCGGCAGAGUUCUUGUCCACUGCUGACUCCGUCUCUUCUUCUGGACAAGCUGGUCUUGAUCCAGCUGAUGCUGAUUGGACCAGAGAAUUCAUCAAUGAAGUUGCAGACCCCGGCCGCUGGGCUGAGGAGUACCUGGAGCAAUCAGAGGAGAAGUUAUGGCUUGGAGAUUUGGGAGAAAGAGAACAGGACAAAGAGUGGACACAAGAAUACCAGUCAGGUGAAGAACUACGUCAAACAGCGAAUGAACUCCUUGCCAAAGUGGACGACCCUAAACUCAAGAACACAGAGUUCCUGCGGUUCAUUAGGCAGAUUGGCGAUGGCAGUGUGACUGUGGAGGACAGAGCAGGAAAAGAGCACACUGAUAAAGCACAGGCCAAGGAGGCACAGCACUGGGCCUCAAGCCUUAACCAGUUCCUGGAAUCAAGGGAAGGGACUGUGGAAGUGGAAACCCGAGAGGGCAAAGAGAAGAUUGACAAAGUUAAAGCUAAACAGGCAGAGCAGUGGGCUACUAUCGUCAGGCAGGUUUCGGCAGAUUCUGCAGAAUCAUGGGUAGAUGAAUUCGCCACUUAUGGGCCAGACUUCCAGCAGGCCAAAGCAGCGGUGGAGAGUGAUGUUGAUUUCUGGGAGAAACUCCAGCAGGAGUGGGAGGAAAUGGCGAAGAGGGAUGCUGAAGCUCACCCUUGGCUCUCAGACUUCGACCAGAUGCUCAGCAGCUCUUACGACAAGGGAUAUCAAUUUGAAGAAGACAACCCCUACCUGUCCCACGAUGAUCCGUUUGCCGAGGGUGUGAAGAGGAUGGAGGCGGGGGACAUUCCUGGAGCCGUACGUCUCUUCGAGAGCGCGGUUCAGAAAGAGCCAGACAACCAGCUGGCUUGGCAAUAUCUGGGCACCUGCCAGGCUGAGAACGAGCAAGAGUUUGCUGCUAUCAGCGCCCUCCGCAGAUGUAUUGAGCUGAAAAAGGACAAUCUGACGGCUCUCAUGGCUCUAGCUGUGAGCUUCACCAAUGAGUCACUGCACAGACAGGCCUGCGAGACGCUCCGUGAUUGGUUGAGGCACAACCCCAAAUACAGGCCUAUCCUGGAGCAGCAUGAACGAGAGAAGGAGAGGGAGGGUGUGAGAGAGAAGGAGAAAGAGAGGGAGAGAUUUGGAUCUCUUUUGCCAGAGGCACUGUUCAGUGAAGUGCAGACGUUGUUUUUGAGUGCAGCGGCCGCUGACCCCGCACGGGUUGACCCUGAGCUGCAGUGUGGUCUGGGCGUUCUCUUCAACCUCAGUGGAGAGUAUGACAAGGCUGUGGACUGCUUCAGUGCCGCCCUGUCUGUGAUGCCACAGGAUUAUCUGCUGUGGAACAAGCUGGGAGCAACUCUGGCAAAUGGUAAUCGCUCCGAGGAAGCGGUCGCAGCUUACAGACGCGCACUGGAGUUACAACCUGGAUUUGUACGCAGCCGAUACAACCUGGGCAUCAGCUGUGUCAACCUGGGUGCACACAGGGAAGCAGUAGAGCACUUCCUGGAGGCCCUUUCUCUUCAGCGACAGGCCGCCGGGGAUGGAGAGGGAGGCGCGGGGCGAGGGCCAGGUGCAGCAGUGACUGUGAUGUCAGAUAACAUCUGGUCCACCUUACGCAUGGCACUGAGCAUGAUGGGAGAAAGCUCGCUUUACUCAGCCGCCGACCGGCGAGAUCUGGACACGCUGCUGGUGCACUUCUCCCCAAGAGAAGGAGAGACAGAAUGAAGGAUGGAGGAGUUGAAGGAGCGCAUGAAGAUAGAAUGUGAGUGUGGAGAAGCCUGUUUUGGAGAGAAACAUCAAGACCCGUGAUGUACAUUUCAACAAAGCGGGACAUGACGUUGCUACAAUGUGAGGAGAAUAAAAAGAGUGAAACGCCCAUUUAGCUCUAACACUGCAUUAAUGGACAGACAGAUGCCUGAGAAAAAGAGACAUGUUGAAAAGCCCAUGAUACAGUUUAAAAACACAACAUUAUUCCUAUGGGUUGUCACAAGUUUACGCUUACAGAGAAUCUGUUGUAAUUUUUCCAUUUUGUUAAUCUUGACGAUUACUGUUCUUUCCAUUGUCCUUAUCAAAAUGACAGUAAUAUUUCUCUUAUGGGGAAAAUAAGGUCCCAGCACUGUGAGCUCAAGAGUACUUGCCUCUGUUUGACAGAGAAGAGGGAUGUGUUGUGUUCUACGUCACUACGGCUCCUGUACAAAGUAACAGUGAUUUGCAAGCCUUAAAGUUAUAUUGGCAACUUAAUUCGUACGCGAGACUGAAAGACAUGUCUCUAACACUCUUUCUUAUCGGAUAUUUGCUCUUGCUGUAAAAUUAUUUGCUUAAUUGUAAAUUCCACUUGCCAUAUUGUGUAUUGUACCAUAAUUAUUAAUGUUUUGCAUAUAGCCAAUUCAAAUUGCUAUUACUUCAAGCAAUAAAGCUUUGACAAAGA